AUGAGCUCCCAGCAGCAGAAGCAGCCUUGUACCGCAUCCCCUGAGCUGCAUCAGCAGCAGGUGAAACAGCCUUGCCAGCCCCCACCCCAGGAACCAUGUGUCUCCAAAGCCAAGGAGCCCUGCCACUCCAAGGCUCCUGAGCACAUCCACCCUAAGGCUCCUGAGCCUUGCCAUCCUAAGGCACCUGAGCCCUGCCACCCCAAGGCUCCUGAGCACAUCCACCCUAAGGCUCCUGAGCCUUGCCAUCCUAAGGCACCUGAGCCCAUCCACCCCAAGGCUCCUGAGCCCUGCCACCCCAAGGCACCUGAACCUGUCCAUCCCAAGGCACCUGAGCCCUGCCCUUCAACAAUCACUCCAGCACCAGCUCAGCAGAAGAUAAAGCAGAAGUAA